AUGGCCAUGGAAGGGGACUGGGAAACGUGGGAGCUUCGAGCACCGAGCUGCUGGCCUCCAGUACUGGAGGGUCCGACUCGAGGCCCCAGCGAGUGCGCGGACGCCGCGCUCACGUGCUCGACGAGCUCCAGCGUUUCUACUGCGGCGGAGGCUACCGCGUGGAGAGGCUCCACGACACCGCUGAGUUCCUCAACGACUCCCUUAGAGGACAGCACCGCGGCUAAUGCGAGUGUCGAGGCUCAGAACGACUCGAGUUGGGCUUCCGAGAAGGCUGGAAGGAAAGAGACGCGCUCCCUGAAUACGGAGGUUGUAGCUUUUCCCUUCUAUGUUAUUAUGCACUGGUACGCCGAAGAUGGUGGGGAUGUGGCAGCUGGGAGUUCUGUAGCAGAACUGGUGCGCUUCAGCGUAGAGCAACCUUCGCGCACUGAUGAAAGCGUUAAAGUCGUACUUUUUGAGACAGAGCACAGCGGGCAAGGUCCUGUUUCGACCACGAACGGCCAAUCAGGUCUAGUCACCAGAAAAGGCAGUGGACAGGAGCCAAUGUUUCGCGUAGGCCGAGCUCACCUGCCUUCCAGAGUGAACGGUACUCUGAAACAUUUGGCGGCACAGUUACCAACUGAUCUUGCACAGAAAUUAGCCUCGAUUAUGGAGUCCGAAAGCGACAAGGAACAGCUGUCUGAGGUCAUACGUGCGUGCGCGUUCUCACCUGCACGUGUCGAACCUGGCCAGGUUAUCGGCACUGUGCAGUAUUGCACACAUUCGACUGUUUACCGCGGUAUUUGCGUCAACUGCCAAAGGGACGUGUCAAGCGAGGCUCGCGCGGUACCCACGGUAGCGCGGCCUCAAUCACAAGAAAGUACCACUUUUUCGUAUGGUCCCAGCAUGGGGCAUGGUUCUUCGUUUAGACGUGUCGCCUGGAUGGAGGAUUCAGGUAGCGAUAUCCUUCGAUCCAGUCGAAAAUUCCACAUACCGGUUGCCUACCAAAACCAUCAGCUCAGCGUUUCGCUUCGUAAGGCCGAAGAACUAUCAGAGGAGAAUGCAAGACGCUUGUUGCGUCAGCGCAAAUUGCCGCUUGUGCUUGAUCUAGAUCACACACUAGUCCACGCAACGAAUGACCCGAGGGCUCGAGAAAUUCUGUGCGUUCUGUCGAGCACGCUUCACGCCUCGUUACAGCUCACGGGGGCGCUAAGCGAAUGGGAGCGAAUACUUCAAGACCCGAGCGCUCCCAUUGCGGAACGUCUCCUCCGGGAGCUGACUAGGAUGGACAGCCCCAACCGGGUCGUAUCCAAGGUCUCCGCGGAUCGGGCAGACUUGAACGCUACGGAGCAAUCUGCUGCAACCGUAGAUAGGCUUCUGCAAAACCUGUUCCAGCGACUUGGGAUCUUCGCCUUUGCAAUCGGCAAAGACACCUCAGCGUCAAGGGGUUGUGCACCAUUGGACAACACCACUGACGCGAAACUGGUUCCAUUCUGGAGAUGGUGGCGGACUGACCCGGCCUCCCUGCAGCAAACGAACAGCUCAAAAGGAAUUGGUCAGACAGCAGAUGCGAAUACGUCUCUUUAUUACAUCAAACUACGUCCCGGUCUGCAUGAAUUUCUCAGAACGAUCGCGGAUCGUUUUGAGCUUCACAUUUACACGAUGGGCUCGCGACCAUAUGCGGACACUGUUGCUUCUAUAAUCGAUUCGGAUGAGCGGUUGUUCCAGGGCCGGAUAACCUCAAGAGAUGACUUUGAAGAUGGUCGGCUGAACCAGAAGAAUCUGAAACACGUGUUUCCCUGUGACGAUUCAAUGGUUCUAGUUGUUGAUGACCGCGAGGAUGUUUGGGUCGCUCAGGAUCAGUCUUUGCACGGACGCCAUUUUCCGAAUCUCAUUAGAGCAAGGCCAUACUAUUUCUUCCGCGGACUCGAAGAGACCUUUCAACGAGAACAGCACACAGCAACCACUGACAUUCUUACGAAUACUCAUGAUCAUUCGGACUUGAGCCUGAUCGUUGAUGGGGAUCCUGCCCCAUCUCGUGAGGGUGUACUCUUGUCUGAAAAUUCGCAAAACAGCCCGAGCUCUGCAGUGAAGAGCGCCCUAUGGUUUCUGCAGCAGUGGAUUGCUGCUGAUCAUCAGGAUCACAGCCAUCUCCGACGGCUUGCGGAAAUUCUAGCCGAAUGCCACCAGCGAUUUUUCACCCUCUACGACCAAUAUGUAGCAUCUGGGAUCGAGCAGCAUCCGAUUGCAGCGAGUGAGUUGGACCCGAGCACUUCAGUGUCCAAGUCUGAUCAACUGCAAUCGCUUUCGAUCGAGUAUCCUCGGCAGAGGCUAGCCGAGGUAGCACAUGAGCGAGACGUCUUCGAGAAGGGAUCACGGAUACAGCGACUCAGGCGACAUUCAGACUCCGUAACUGCACGUUAUCCGGAUCAAUGUCCACUUGAGCGACGCACCCUCGACGGAAAUGUAAGCGAGGCUGUCUUGCAGGCAAACGCACCGCAGCAUGAGCCAACACAAGAACGCUCGUCCUCCGAUCCGGCGGUUAAUGCCUUAUCAGGAUCACCCCUCAUUGCUUCCUCCAAAGCAGAGGGAUCAUUUCUCCCGGGCUCCUAUUCGACCGUGGCUGAUAUCCAUGGCUACAAAGCACGAGGAGGCGAACUACUGCAGCGCACAGGCGCCGCCGUCAAUGCGAAAGCCUCGAAUGCUUACGAUGGCGACUCGGAACCAAACAUGCAUACGUUUCCAUCUUAUUGCGAUAACCAGAGUCCAAAGGGCACUUCGACAGAGUUGUUCCUGACGAAGGGCCCUUCCAAAAUGCCGGACGAAGGGGGCUGCGCAGUCUAUCGUGGGACAUCCGCCGGGGCGAUGCAGAUGAUGGUUUGGGACCGCCACGAGAAACGGACCAAGUCGGGUACCGACUCGCCGCUCUCCGCUGAAACCGGAAUGCGCAUGUUGCCGGCUACGUUUGAGGUUCAAGAAGCGACGGGCGCAGCACGGAUUCUACACGCAGAAGAUGCCAACCUUGCAUUUACGUACGAUUUAGGAACUGGCGGUGCGAAGGAUUAUCCCAGCAGCAUUCUGGGAACUGACGGCGGUGGCGAGUUUGCAGAUGGCAACCAAGCUAGUUCCGUGGUUGUCGAAGCUCGAAGCCUUCAUGUCGCAGACUCUGAUGGUGCGGAAGACGAAAAUGUUGACGACGACGACGAUGACGACGAGAGUGCGGCGAUAGCGUCACCGUCUCCAGCGCCGACUGUGCAUGAUUUCACUGCGGCUGCGGACGUCGCCGAGGAAGAGCGCGACCCAGGCCUCAGUUUCUCCACAAAGGGCGAUCUCUCUGAACAGAGCCGAACUGACGGGCUUGGCGAUACGCCGACGCCCAUAACACAGCGGUCCUGGGACAGCAUGGUCGAUAGGAAUACGCCUGCACAGGUGGAGUCUGGUUCCACUUUUUUGCUGAUAUCACAAGCCCUCGGAGGGGAGUCUUGUGCGGAUGGCAAAAUCAUUCGCCGCUCUCGACGACUCUUGGAGCAAAGCCUGAAACGUAGCAACGGGGAGAGCGGCAAGCAGAGUGCUGACUCGGGUUCGACUGCGUGGGCAACGCUGGGUAGUGCAGUGGGUUACACGCGAACCGGAAGAAAACGGAAUCUUUCGGCUUCCAGAGAGAUGAACACGGGCGGAAUUGCAUUGAAAGAUAGCGUCUCAGAACGAACGUCUUUCACGAUUGAUCCGAACUGUGAAGGAGAAAUUGGGCGAUACGACAAGCCCACAAUAGCUGACUCGAGUGAGCGCCAAAGUGUCGCGCCGACGAAGAAAACGCGGAACCGCUUUCCCGAGCGAGCGAGGGAGCAGAGGCGCUCUCCGUCGCCUGCAACGCAACUCCGUCAGAACCUGCUGCGUCGCACGGCAGCGCUGGCGCUCGCUGAAGGCGAUGAACAAAACCGUAUCACCAGUGGUACCCUGGCGGAGAGCAGCACCACGCAAAAACCUUCCCCUGGGUCUAACCCGGAACAUGAUGGAGCAACACGUCGCCCGCGCAGAGUACUUCGUCCUCGCUGCCAUCCAGAGGCGACGCCGGAGUCGCGCUCGACACCACCAGUGCCUCCUCCGUCAGGAGGUUUGGAUCCUGUGAAGCGCGGGAAGGCGUAUACCGUGAGCGCUUCGCUUCCACUCUGGCGACCGCCGGCGAGCAUCAAAGAUAUCCUCGCUGAGCUGCGGCGCUCUGUUUUGACUGGCUGCGAGCUGUGCUUUACGGGUGUGUUUGCCAAGCAUGCUGGGAUGGCUCCUGAGGAUCACGAGCUGUGGCGCUUAGCGGUUCGUUUCGGCGCCGUAUGCCAUCGGGAGGUACUUCCGCAGGUUUCCCAUCUUAUUGCUGAUCCGCAACGAGGCCGCGAUACACUGAAAACCCAGACUGCUAGAGCAAUGAAUAGCGUGUUCAUUGUGAAACCCACUUGGUUAGUCUGUUCUGCGGAGGAUAUGCGCCGCGCCAAUGAACUGGAGCAUCUACUUGAUGACGGUGAAAGCGCUUCUGCAACAUUCGCUGGGGAUUCUGUUGCACAACGCGCAUCGGGACAGGAUGGAUCCAGCAUCUCUAAGCUUGUGAACUUGGAGGCAUACCGCGCGCAGAUGGCUAGUCUUCGUGCCGAGCGCUUGCAGCACGGCUUGCACGCUGUUUCCCCUGCCUCCGAGGCAGAGGAGGGGCGAGAGUUUGCACAGGAGCACGUCCCUUGGAGGACGGGGCACAUCCCGGACUCCUGUGAUGACGGAGAAGCUCCCUGCAACAAUGUUGGGGAGCGAGACCUCUCGGGGGCGUCACUUGGCUUUCCCAAUCACCGGCAAGCAGAAGCCCUAUCGCCAGAUGCAGAGGAUGCCUGUGAUUCCCUUCUUGAGCGUGAGCUUGAGCACUGCAUGUGCGGCGACACGCGCACAGAUCAGGGCCCGCAGGCGUGA